UUGAAGUGGCAUUCAUGUGUGACCGUAUGUCAAAAAUGGAAAAUAAUAGAAAACAAUAUAACAAGAGUAAUGAUCAUUUCCCGAAGAUUAUUUUAUUGAUCCUGGCAGCCGAAUUCUGUGAACGAAUGUCUUAUUCUGGAAUGCGAGUUUUUCUAACCUUGUACUUGCGCAAUAAAUUGGAUUACACUGACGAUGAGGCAAAGGAAAUAUAUCACAUGUUCAAUGGAAUGGUCAGCCUUUGUCCCAUAUUCGGUGGAAUAGUAGCUGAUAAUUACCUAGGAAAAUAUCGAACAAUACUAUACAUGAUGUUUAUUUAUGUGAUGGGCAACUCAUUAGUAGCUGUUACCGCGAUACCGCAGCUAAUGUUCCCCGGUCGGCUUUGCACAUUACUGGGUUUAUUUCUAAUCGCGGCUGGCACUGGUGGUAUCAGGCCUUGUGUGACUGCCUUCGGAGGUGAACAGUUUGCUCUGCCGGAACAGGAGAGACUGCUUACAUUGUACUUCAGUAUACUCUACUUCAACUUGUGUGUCGGUAGCCUUAUCGCGAAAACAUUAGCUCCUAUAUUCAGAGGCGACGUCCAUUGCUUUGGUGAUAAAGAUUGUUAUCCACUAGCGUUUGGUGCGCCUGUUAUUGUUAUUAUUUUAUCAAUAGUGUUGCUUGUGAGCGGGAGACGUCGUUAUAUAAUCAAAGAGCCAAAGGGAAAUAUUGUGGUUGAUUUUACUAAGUGUAUUUUUUUAGGGUUAAAGCUAAAAAUAACCAAACGCAGUCAAAACAAACACUCUCAUUGGUUGGACAGUACGCGACACAAAUACAGCAAUAAAUUUAUUUGUGACAUAAAGAGAACCUUAUCUAUACUUAAGUUGUUCAUUAUAACUCCGAUAUUUUGGUCGCUUCUUGAGCAAAUGGGUUCUAGUUGGGCGUUACAAGCAUCAAGAAUGGACGGCAAGUUGGGAUCUUACACGAUCAAACCUGAUCAGUUGAUUGUCUUGUCACCUAUAUCUGUUAUGAGUUUUAUAGCAUUGUCACAAAAGUAUCUCUAUCCAUGUUUAGCUAAAUGGAAUUUAUUAACCAAUCCCUUAAACAAACUGAAAGUGGGAGGCAUCAUGGCUGCACUGGCGUUUGUAGCGUCCGCCAGCGUCGAAACAUAUCUCAAGACAACGUAUCCAGAACUACCACAAACAGGUUUUUCACAAUUAAGAAUUUUCAACGGCAAUAAUUGUAAUGUUACAAUAUUCAAUGAAGCAAAGAACAUUUCCUAUACAAUACAACCUUUUUCACAAUUCACCAACACCAAAGUAACCGUAUUGAAUAAAGAAUCUGUUACUUUUAAUUUCGUUAGUGAUUGUUUUAAAAUUAAACAUGAAGAAUUAUUACUAGAAGAAAAUAAUGCAAAUUCAUUCUUUUUAACUAAAAAUAAUAUAUAUAUUUAUGAAGAUAAUAUUGAAAAAAGUAAAUCAGGAUUUCCUAUGGUAAGAUUUCUAGUCACGGAUGAUGUCAAGAAACCUAUAGAAAUGUACAAUAUGAAAUCAAAUCAUAUCGAAGUUAACAUGUCAACUACCAAUAUAGAUACUCGAUGGGAAGUUUUUAGAUCAAAAUAUUCUAUAAAAGUUGGUGAACAAGAAAUUCUAGACAAUAUUCAACUCGAAAGCGGUGGAGUUUACAAUAUUAUUAUAGCAAAAAAUGCAACGCAUUAUAUCGCGAAUGUUAUAUUGAUCACGGAACCAAAUUCAAUAACAAUAUUACUCCUCAUACCACAAUUCAUAUUUCUCUCAAUAGCAGAAGUGAUGUAUGCAGUAACAGGCAGUGAGCUUGCAUUUCGAGAGGCGCCAGAAAAUAUGAAAGCUGUUGUCGGCUCAAUUUGGAUACUAAUGCAAGCGUUUGGCAAUAUACUUAUUAUUAUAUUCACUCGUUUGUUGGUUAACGUACAGAUGCAAACACAAUUUAUUAUGUACGCAAGCUUGAUGUUUUUAUCAAUGGUGAUAUUUCAUUACCAAAGUCGUAAUUACAAGUUUGCGGAAAAUGUUAAAGACGAAGAAUUACAAGAAAUGAAAGGACAUUCAAAAUAUGAUACUAAAAAACUUAAAUAUAAAUCUAACGACUCAAAUUCUGAAGAAAUAAGUUUUGAAUUAAUUAAAGAUUAG